AUGGCCUCCCAACGCCCCCAGCGCAACCGCCGUCCACCCGUCUUCUACGGCCACGAGGAGGAAGACACUUUCACCGACUUCGAGGCCCCCUCGCAUCCUCGCAGACCCAUCGACACCCGCCUGCCCUUCGACCCUCAACUUGUCGAGGAAUGCGCCUUCCCUUCUCUCGACCCGGUCACCCACGGCGGGCCGGGGCCGAGCGAGGUGUACAAGGUCUACCGGCAGGUGAGACGCGAACAAGAAAUUAAGCGGAUGGUGGAGUAUGGGCCCUGGUACCAUGAGCGUAUUGCGAUAUUGAGUCUGAGGAAGCAAGUGGUGGGGCGUAGGGAUGUUGGCGAGUUUCCCGGCGACGCGGUUGAUAAUAGAAGCAGGGGAAGGUCGCGCGGUGUUAGUGUUUUGUAUGCCGAUACCGACGAAGAUAGGCGUAGGUGGGAGAAGAGUCGAGAGCAGGAGUUUCUUUGGGCGGUUGGUGAGUCUUCCUCUGAAGGAGAGGAAGAGGAAGAGGAAGAAGAGGAGGAGGAGGAGAAGGAGGAGGAGGAAGACAAGAUUCAGCAAAGGGAUAUGGACGUCAGGACGUCGAGACUGAUGUUCAGCGUGAGGAACACGAAUCAUAAGAAGCAAAAAGAAGCGGUGGCUGCUGUCGAGAGGGCUAGGCUAAGUCGCGCUCAGAGUCAGGCCAGCAGCCAUGGGCAGGUGAGUCCGGUACUGCCUUUGGUUUCAGCGUUGGCGACUGCGGAAGGGGGAAAUCAAAGGGAUGCCGAUGGGGAUACGGUUAUGGGCGGUGGGACUGUCCAUGUACCGCCAUACUCCUUCGCGCAGCUGAGCACGCUGUUGUCCCUCUCCUCCGACGAGAUCAUAUCUCUCUUGUAUUUGAUCAACCAAGAAACUCGCAAGAUGAUCGUCCUAGACAACCUCAACCGACAGCUCGCCGCAAUCGAGGAUAUUAAUGCAAUCCGCGACGCUCUAGACCGCCUCAAGCCGCAAGGUCUUGUCACCGACUCCGUAUCCUCCGAGGAUAUCCGCCAGGGUCAAGCGUUCUUGCGGUUCAUGGGCCUGCACGAAGUGGCGGAGUGGUUGGCGGAGUACAUGGGGGUCAGCAACAGCUGGGACGACGACGAAGGGCGAUAUGUCAUCAAGAUUAACGGGCGGCUUCUGGACGGGGAUAUACCGGCUGAAGUGGCCGGUAAUGUGUUGAGACGCAUCUGGAGGGAGGAGCAAGAAAGGGCGAGCAGGAUCGAGAACGCCAGAAGAGUAGAGGCAGCAAGAGCAUCGAUGCAACCGCCACCGCCGGGCCUGGUGAAUCGCUCGGUCCUGGAGCUUACAGACAGGAGCGCUGACAACGGCAAUGUUUUGACCGUUCAGGAGGCGGAACAGGCGGCGAGAAGGCUUGCUGACUUGGAGCUGUUGGUUCCGGAGUCAGAUCACUAUACGGUCAGUUUGAACGGCGAAUCCGUGCACUUAGAGGAGGGCCUGCAAGCGCGGCGAAUUUGGAAUGAGGAGCUGGAAGCCAUGCGGCAGGCUCGAAGGCAAAACGCAAUGGCACCUCCGGCUAGGCCGGCAUUGAGGAGUAACCAGGAAAGACAACCGUCAAGGCCGACACUCGAUCAAGUGGCGGGGAGUCUCGUUGGUAACCGAAAAGAGCAUAGGCAAGGAGUUGGAGAGACAUCAAGAGCUGAGAAGAGAACACACAGAGACGGACAAUCCAGGGAUCAAGCGACCCUUGCGCAGCAGCCCCUUCCUUCCACUGCAGCGAUACCCUCUGCUCCUGUUCCGAUGGACAUUAACUCAAACACAAGCAGGACGACGAAGCAUGAUAAAGAACAGCAACGGAAGGGACACCCCUCGUCAUCGGCCAAUGAAGCAGACCAGGAAACCCAAUCUCGUAAUUCACCAACGAACGACUACUUGCUGUCCAUCGGCAUCGAUCUUUCCCUUCACAAACCACCACCGGUCGAAACAUCCUCGGGGUCACCCACCCUCGAAGAAAGAACCGCCGCAUUUCUGGCGGCCAACAAGGCCACACUUGCCGCCAUAGACAAGGAAGACGAAAAGGAAGCUCGUCGCCGAAGACGGCAACCGGCACAGGUUCAUGCUCAUGAUGACGAGCCAACCAUCCCCGCCUACGGUUUACGUAAUGUCAGUGAGGCUCGUACCUUACGAAGUAACAGUGUAUACAGUUCUCGGCUUCCCAGCAAGGCACCUUCCGUUGUGCCAGCCGCGCCUACAACAAUUAGAACAACCAGAGGUAAUCGCCAUGCGAGCACCGUUGCUAACCCUUCUAGCUCCGCACAUGAAACUCGCAGGGGACAGGAAGGGAUGAGUAGAGAGGAAGGCCCGGGGCAGCCAGUAGAGGAAAGAAGUCAGAACAACAGAGUGAGAAGGGAUGCUCGAAGACAAGUGAAGAACCCAGAAACUGCAAUGGAAAGAGAACCGGAACAACCGAGGAAGCCGCAAGCUGCUACAGAGGCAGGGGCCUCGAAUGAUACCCCUCACCGGUAUGCUCUUGCUGGUGAUGGGAGCUCCAGACCUGUGAUAACAGCAGCGACGACCCAAAAGGAGGAGACACAGCCAGUCGCAGUUGCAACUCCUCCCGCACCCAAAACUCCGGCUUCGCAAAAGAAGACAAAGAUCAUUCUCAAGAUCGGUGGUCGGAGAGUCAGCCAACCGAGCAACACUUUGACGAAUACACCACGAUCAGAGCCAAUGCACACAAGUCCACUUACCCUUGGGCGGAACUUCUCCGAACCUACGAGACGUCAUCGCGAAUUAUCACCAGAAAGAUCCAUCGGUGGCGACGCUACUCUUGAUGCAACAUCUCGCAGCAGCUUCAAUCAAUCAUUGCCGACACGCCGGAAUCUUUUUGGAACAACCCGUGAACAGGAACAUUCAUCGUAUCCGACUUCAGGGACACCGACUGCCCCAGAUCAUAUCCAAAGUCAGGCUCCAACUCCGUCCUUAGGGGUCUUUCGGCAUCCUCCGAAAGCUAUUCCACAGCAGAGCCAUCUGCAAAUGCCUUCAACGGCCACCUUUCGGAACUGUCCUUUAACAGAAUCUGGCUCUCAUCAUCAAACCGAGUUGGGACCUGCUGGUCCUUUGCCGUCUGUCACACCUGCAACGAUACCACCUGCCCAAACCAUCUCUCCGCAAGUUCUCUCUCAGGCUGUCGCUGGUAGAGAAAGCCAACAGACCAUGCGCGGGAGAGCGACCGAGGAACUUGGAAAGAGGUACGCCACAAGGAGCCAAGUUCACGGCGAGGAACAAGGAGGAAACGGCUCUUAG